UAUAAUACAGGUUAUGCAAAUAUUGGUGGGCUUCGACCGAAAGUAACCGUAUACAUCAAUAAUCUCGUAGGUCUUGUCAAACCGCAACAAAAGGCUGUGGGUACAAACAUCACCGCUAUGCAAGCAGCAGCAGCAGCCGCCAACAGAUUCACCGGAACGGCCGGCCCUAUUGGUACUACGAACGUUGUAGGCGGUCAGGAAGGUGGAACGGCAGCACAACAGGCACAACCAUCCGCACCGAGUCCCUGUCAAUCUCAGUCGGGAGCGUCGACUGGAGGACAACCAGGUCCCCAACCAGGUGCUCAACGCCCAAUGGCUGUACCGACUCAAGCUGGGAUUGCAAAAUCUACACUCUAUCCUGAAAAAUGUAGACUUAUUCAACAGCAGUUGGUGCUACUUCUACAUACACAUAAAUGCCAACGCCGCGAAAGUGUAGCGAAUGGUGAGAUGAGACAGUGUACCUUACCGGAUUGUAAGACGAUGAAAAACGUUGUUCGGGAGUCGAGAGAGAGACGCUCAGAGAUGAGCGAGAAGCGGUGUGUAACGCAAAUCCGUGGAUUCGCUGGAGGAUGUGCACCGGAACCGAUUCAACCAAGCGGCAUGUCCACCGAUAAAAGAAAGUAUUUGUUCAAGCCUGACGAGUUACGCCAGGCAUUGAUGCCGACGUUGGAGAAACUGUAUCGACAAGAUCCUGAAUCCAUACCGUUCCGACAACCCGUGGAUCCUCAGGCGUUAGGUAUACCGGAUUACCCGACCAUCGUAAAGAAACCGAUGAAUUUGUCGACGAUCAAGAAGAAACUUGACACGGAGAAAUACAGCGAUCUGUGGGAGUACAUCGAUGAUGUGUGGAUAAUGUUUGACAAUGCCUGGCUCUACAAUCGCACGACUUCUCGAGUCUAUAAAAACUGUACUAAGCUCUCAGAAGUAUUUGAGCAAGAGAUAGAUCCUGUGAUGCAGGCUUUGGGAUAUUGCUGCGGGAGAAAAUAUACAUUCAACCCACAGGUGCUCUGUUGCUACGGCAAGCAACUCUGCACAAUACCUAGGGAUGCAAAGUAUUACUCGUAUCAAAACAGAUACACCUUCUGUCAGAAAUGUUUCAACGACAUUCCUGGUGACACAGUGACGUUGGGAGAUGAUCCAACGCAACCUCAAACUGCCAUCAAGAAGGAACAAUUCCAGGAGAUGAAGAAUGAUCACUUAGAAUUGGAACCUGUUGUAACCUGUACGGAUUGCGGAAGGAGGGUACACAAAAUUUGUGUACUCCAUAUGGAAACAAUCUGGCCAUUAGGAUUCACCUGUGACAACUGUUUAAAGAAGAAAGGACAGAAACGCAAAGAAAAUAAGUUCAACGCUAAAUGCUUGCCUGUAACGAAGCUCGGCACGUAUAUAGAAACACGUGUAAAUAAUUUCCUAAAGAAGAAGGAAGCAGAUGCCGGCGAAGUUGCAAUCAAAGUGGUUGCAUCCAGCGACAAGGUGGUCAAAGUCAAGCCUGGUAUGCGAAGUAGAUUCGUCGAAAAUGGCGACAUGCCUGGCGAAUUUCCUUAUCGCGCGAAAGCGUUAUUUGCAUUUGAGGAGGUUGACGGCACCGACGUCUGUUUUUUCGGCAUGCACGUGCAAGAAUACGGGAGCGAAUGCACCCCACCGAAUACAAGACGAGUUUAUAUCGCGUAUCUAGAUUCUGUCCAUUUCUUCCGGCCUAGACAAUUUCGUACGGCUGUUUACCACGAGAUUCUUCUUGGAUAUCUUGAUUACGCAAAGCAGCUUGGUUACACUAUGGCUCACAUUUGGGCAUGUCCACCUUCCGAAGGGGAUGAUUACAUCUUUCACUGCCAUCCUGCAGAACAGACAAUACCAAAGCCUAAAAGAUUACAAGAGUGGUAUAAGAAAAUGUUGGACAAAGGAAUGGACGAGAAAAUAAUAUUUAAUUAUAAGGACAUUUUGGAACAAGUCAUGGAAGACAGACUUUCGUCCGCGGCGGAUUUGCCAUACUUUGAAGGUGACUUUUGGCCGAAUGUGCUGGAAGAAAGUAUUAAAGAAUUAGAUCAGGAAGAGGAAGAAAAGCGUAAACAGGCCGAAGCGGCCGAAGUGGCUGCUGCGGCGGCAAACGCGAAGAGCCAAAAGAAGGCGAAGAAAUCCAACAAGUCCAAAGCGAAUCAAAGGGACAUUUUGGAACAAGUUAUGGAAGACAGACUUUCGUCCGCGGCGGAUUUGCCAUACUUUGAAGGUGACUUUUGGCCGAAUGUGCUGGAAGAAAGUAUUAAAGAAUUAGAUCAGGAAGAGGAAAAAAAGCGUAAACAGGCCGAAGUGGCUGCUGCGGCGGCAAACGCGAAGAGCCAAAAGAAGGCGAAGAAAUCCAACAAGUCCAAAGCGAAUCAAAGGAAAAAUAGUAGGAAAUCGAGUACUCCUCAGACCGGCAAUGAUCUUCUUUCCGCAAAAAUCUUUGCAACUAUAAAAAAACACAAGAAAGCAUUCUUUGUAAUAAGGUUGCAUAGUGCUCAAAGUGCGGCUAGUUUAUCACCGAUCCAAGAUCCCGAUCCCGUUAUCAACUGCGAUUUGAUGGACGGUCGUGAUGCAUUUUUGACGAUGGCGAGAGAGAGGCAUUACGAAUUUUCAUCGCUGAGAAGAGCAAAGUUCAGUUCGAUGUCCAUGUUAUAUGAGUUACAUAAUCAAGGCCAAGACAAGUUCGUUUACACUUGUAAUAAUUGCAAGAAUCAUGUGGAGACCAGAUACCAUUGUACAGUUUGUGACAAUUUCGAUUUAUGUGUGAGUUGUAAAGAUAAAGAUGGUCAUCCGCAUCCCAUGGAGAAACUUGGCUUUGAUUUGAAUGACGGAUCAUCACCGGCCGAUGCCAAACAAACAAAUCCACAAGAUAACUCCAUGACGGCAAAAGGUGAUCACACUGCUAAUCCUAAGGGGGGCUACGAUGUUUGUAUGGCGGAGAGUAUGUGCGGAGAGUACAGCCCUAUGUCAUUACCACAACAACUACAACAACAGCAACAGGAUAGUACCUCAAGUCAUGUACCUCAGCAAACAUCUAUGCAAUGGCAACAUCAACAACAGACCACUGAGCAACAAACGCAAAAUCUUCAACUCAAACAGAAAUCACAAACAUCAUGGAGAAAGAGAAGAUAUGAGCCAGAUAGUUGCGCCGAAGCGCAACAGGUUCGUUUGCAGCCUGCAGGAGAGCCGGCCGCUAUUACCAAGGACGAUACUAAUAUUCUCGAUAAAGGCAGUGGAGGGUUCACGAGUUUGUCAGAACCUAAUAUUAGUCUUAGUCCGACACCAACAGCGUCGACACAAGGAGUAAAUGUCACCGAAAGUCAUAGCAUAUCUGGUUAAUCAAGGUGUACCUAACCUGAGGUUAUCGCUUUAUUCGAAUUAUUAUGUAAUUAUACAUGAUAUUUUAAUUGGAAAUAUGGGAAGGGACUCAUUUUUAUUAUAUUGACUCGUUACUUCUACUAGUAAAUUAUUAAACAUGCAAAAAAUAUAAUUUACAUAAGCUUCCAACACAUAUAUUUAGUAUGAAAAGAAUAAAAAAAUUUCGUGUGCAGAAAUGUAAAAAAAGGAUUAUAAAUGAAACAAACAAAGAAUUUAAUAUUGUCAAAUUGUAAGAUAGAUGUGUUUUGCUUAAGUGAAAGAAUGAUUAAUGAUAUAUUUUAAAAUACUAAGAAUUAAUCUAUAAUAUAUAAGUGCAUUGAAUAUGAAUAUAUAAAUGAAUAAAUAAUUAACAUGACAAAACAGCCGCGGGCCUUGUAAAAGCGGAUCUUGUGUUCGAUUGUGUGCGUGUUUGCAUAAAUAAAGCUUUGUGCGAAUUUUACAAUAUAGCAAUCGCACAAGCAGGAACAUGAAUUUUUUCCACGAAUCCUUAUAUCUCCAGCAAAUAAAUAUUUAUAUUUGUUAACAACAAA